UAUCAAUAUGUCUAAUGCCAAGUUAGACAACAUCUGAGUGUUAGCAACUGUUAUAUGCACAAAUUAAUGAGCUUUUAGUUUAGUUUUGCACUUCCAUGCUUCAAAUAGUAGUUUAUCAUUUUAGUCAUCUCUUUUACGCUAUAACUGAAGUUUAGGCGAGCUCGCUUUCCUUUUAUUGCAACUGAGUGUAGAUCAUAAUUUCUGGCUGCUUCUAAUUCAUCAGUGAAUGUGCCAAUGUACUUCUUUUUACAAUCCACAGUGAUAGAAGCUUGCCAAUGAAUGUUGUUCUUGGUGACUCCAAUAUAUCUAGACCUUCUUUCAAAAUUCCUAUCCGGCCUUCAAGUAUUUUUAAGAGAAGAAGUAAAUGCAGAGAUACGACGAUUCCUCAGAAGUCUCUUUAGUUUCAAAAGAAUCAUGGGAAUUUGUUUGAGAGGAGUAAUAGGGGGAAGCACUGUUGAUUUGGAUCUCGAGAUCAGGUAGGUCUGAAAGGCAGGCUCAAUAUACGGAAUUGAUACUUUUAAUAAGUCUUGAGUAAUUCCAAGAAGCAAGUCUGGAGUAAUUCUUAAGAUUAAUUUCCGAAUUCUUCCAAAGAAAAUAAUUUCAUCUCCAAUGAAAACUGAUAGACAUAAAAAUACCGUAAUAUCACACUCUACCCCUAUCUUCACAAAAAAUUCCAAAAAACCACUUAUCCAAC